AAGUCCCGCCCGGGCCGAUAAUGGUAUCAGUCACCUGCUCUGAUUAUCAACAGCAAUAUGUUCUCCAAAAUCGUAGCACUCAGCGCUGUGUUGGCCGCCGCCAACGCCGGCCUCCUUCCUCUUCAUCACGCUGCGGCUGUUUCGUCCCAAAGCAUCAUCCGCCACGACAGCCCAGUGCAUUACGCACACGCAGCACCUCUGAUCCACUCGGCACCAUUGGUCCACUCUGCUCCCCUUGUCCACUCCGCCCCGAUUGUCCAUGCCGCUCCCGUCGUCCACGCUGCUCCCAUUGCCAUUUCUCAUGAAUACUCUCACCCCAAAUACGACUUCUCUUACUCCGUUGCUGACCCCCACACCGGUGACCACAAGUCCCAACACGAGAGCCGCGACGGUGGUUCCGUGCACGGAAGCUACUCUCUCGUCGAGCCUGACGGUUCCGUCCGCAAAGUAGAAUACACCGCUGAUGACCACCAUGGUUUCAACGCCGUUGUCCACAAGACCGUCGGCCACCACCCCGCCCCCGUCGUCCACGCCGCUCCCGUGGUCCACUCUGCCCCCCUCGUUCACGCCGCGCCAGUCGCUCACAUCGCCUACGCUCCUCUAGCGCAUGGUCAUCAUGGUCUUCACUACUAAACGCCUCAACUUAGCAUACUGAUAUGAUCGUGACGGAUGACUGGUGAUUGUGAUAUUUAUGUGUGUUUAUAAUACUAAUUGAUAUGAAUUUAAUACUCACUUGUAAAUAAAUAUUUU